UAUUCCCGGCACUGUUCUCAAUAAUACCAGCUAAAACUCUAAAGACUUUUGAAAACAACAAAAAAAUAGGCUUUUCAAUAACACACAUAAACGCACACAAUCGCCAGAAGACAUAAGCAGAAGAUUAUUUGAUAUCUGAGCGAUCAGAGUAAUUUGGUGUAGCAAGAUGACAGCGCCGCCGGUCAACUCCGACGAAGAUUAUUACAUGGAUGAGUCCUUUGACGAGGAAUCGCUGUCAGAGGUCGAGGAAGAGCCGGAGGAAGAUGUGCAAGAGGAUGAGAGCGAUUCACGCAGCGACAGCGACGUCGAGGCCGAGUUUCUGCGAGGAAAUCCUCAUGCACGCCGUCACCAGAUCUUUGGAAAACGCUCUGGUGGCGGCAGCGGUUUCCCCCGAGAACAAUUGAUGCAAUAUAACAGCUCUUCGGAGGAUGAAGGCCAAGUGGUAAUGAGAAAGACUGUGGCUGAAGUCAAUCAGUACAAGGAGCCUUCGGAGCAGACCGAUGAUGAGACAUUGUCGGAUCGCACCCUAGUGCCAACCGACAAUCCAGGGGACAGCGAACUGACCGAAUUGGAAGAAUACGAUGAUAUGCAAAUGGAAGAUGAGAUGGGUGAAGAGGAGGAAGUUGUGAAUGAUAUAAACGAUGAGGACGACGAUGUUAUGUCCGAGCACAGCAAUGAUGAUGAUGUGGAGAUAGGACAAUUUUUAGAUGAUAAAAAGCAACAAGACGAGAAAACAAAGUCAAAUCUACCCCAAAGCGAUCUUGUUGAUAUAGUUGACUGCGACAGCGAUGAGAUUGGCACUUGCUCUGACGAAUCUGAUGAGGAAAAAGCAUCACCACAAAUCUCCGAUGAUGAAAUGGAAUUUAUUCCCAUGCCACCAUCACAAAAAAAGAAACCAAUAUCCAAGAAUUUUCCGAAUCUCAAUCGUAAACCCGUUUUGUCGACUGAGAUUGAGAAAAUUGUUGACACUGAUGUGCCACUUGUGGCCAAUAUGGAGGAUGCCCUUGAUGUUGACGUUGCUGAGUUGGAUGGGCCAAACUGUUUGGGCAUGGACCCCAAUGAUGCAUUUAAUGUUAAAUUUUUGGAACAGCAAAUGACUCAAAUGUCCGAGAUGAUAAUGAAAACGUUUCGUUUAAGUGGCGGCGCUGCAGACAACAAUGCCUUGGAGCAGCUGGCGUUGGCCACCAAACUAAUGAAAAAACAAAGCAAAAAAUUGUCGGAGCUGGAUGAGGAAUCGGAAUCCAUGUCCACAAUUGAUUCAUCCAAGACACCGACUACAGUACGCUCCGAGGUGAUAACAAAACGCACUGGCAAAUGUCGUUGUCCCUCACUUACCGACGACCAUGAACCAGAGGAAGAAUAUGAUGAAGAGGGAGAAGCCUUUAUGAUGGACGAGUGCGGGCAGGGUGAUGGCCUCAUGCGCUAUCCACAUCAUCAACAAGGGGGACGCAUCAGUUGCCGCGUGUCUAGCGUCACGCCAACUAGCUUCAAUAGCGAUAACUCUGGCUAUCACAUUGAUUUUAGGCGUCCACGUUCUACCACCUCCUCGGAGAAGGUCAACUACAAGAACUUGGGGCGAAAGAGCUUCAGCUUUACGAAUCCUCAGGUGCGGGAAAUCGAGCGACAAAAUAACAUUUUAUUAAAGAAAAUGAUGAACGUCAAGCCAACAAUUAAGCCAGCCGUUAACGCGGUCAAAUCCAACUCCAAUUUAGCAGCAAAGAAGCAGCCCCCGCCAGCGCCGCGUUUGACAAGUGCUGCGGUUAAUCGAAAGAAAUACCAACGACAGAUUGACUUGGACAAUGAUGUGCUUAAACGUAAACUAGAGGCAGUCGGCUCACGUCGGCCUAUAUUUAAGUGAUGCUGUUCAUUGCCCAGCAUUAUUGUAAUUUUAGAAAUGUUCAAAUCGAAUUUAAAAUAAAAUUUAUUGCAAGUUAAUA